GGUCACUGGAGCGGAUGUUGAUGUUCAUCCUGAUCCGCUAUCGGCCAUCAUGAUCGUGAACUCGCGUACCCAUCUGUCUUGUAAAUGUUCAUGGACAUAGUGUCGUCGAAAUGGGUAUCCGCAUCACUUCCUGGAAUGUAAACGGCAUACGCAACCCUUUCGGAUAUCAGCCAUGGAGGGAGACAAGGUCAUUCGAGUCCAUGUUCGACAUACUAGAAGCAGAUAUUGUCGUCAUGCAAGAGCUCAAGAUACAACGCAAGGAUCUUCGCGAUGACAUGGUUCUCGUACCGGGCUGGGAUGUCUACUUCAGCCUACCCAAGCAUAAAAAAGGGUACUCGGGUGUUGCCAUUUACACAAGAAACUCUGUCUGUUCCCCAAUCCGCGCCGAAGAAGGCAUAACUGGCUGCUUGAGUGCCCCAGGCAGUGACAUUGCCUAUCGUGAUCUUCCCGAAGAACAGCAAAUUGGUGGCUAUCCUCGACCAGGCCAGCUGCCAGGAGAAAUCGACGAUGUCGCUCUGGACAGCGAGGGUCGUUGCGUCAUUCUUGAAUUCCCGGCAUUCGUCAUCAUCGGUACAUACAGUCCUGCAAACAGUGAUGGCACACGAGACGACUUCAAGGUCAGCUAUCUCGAGGCGCUCGACGUAAGGAUCCGCAACCUAGUCGCUAUGGGAAAACAAGUCGUCCUCACUGGAGAUCUCAAUGUUGUGCGUGAUCCGAUCGAUACUGCUGGCCUCCACGAACGACUGCGGAAGGAAGGCAUGACCAUGGACGACUACUUCUCUAUGCCAUCGCGGCGCAUCUUCCACCAGCUUCUCAUCGGAGGAAAGGUCAAAGGCGGCCGUGACGAGAGCCGCGAGAAGCCGAUUCUUUGGGACCUCGGUCGAUUAUUCCACCCUGACCGGCAGGGCAUGUACACAUGCUGGGACACCAAAAAGAACUCGAGGCCAGGCAACUUCGGUAGUCGCAUCGACUACGUGCUAUGCAGCCCAAGCAUGAAAGAAUGGUUCUCCGAUGCCAACAUCCAAGAGGGCCUCAUGGGGUCAGAUCACUGUCCGGUGUUUGCUGUCAUGAAAGAUGUCGUCCAGAUAGACGGCAAGGAUGUUCACCUGCGAGACUUGAUGAACCCGGCAGGCAUGUUCGAGAAUGGCAAGCGGCUUCAGGAGUGGUCUACCAGGAACCUGCUUCCACUAUCGGCGAAGUUGAUAGCCGAGUUUGAUCGACGACAGAGCAUCAAAGAUAUGUUCUUCAAAAAGCCAUCUCAGCCGGCUUAUAUUGGCGCAGCAGUAUCUGCGAAUGGAGCAUCAGAAAGUGCCACAAGAAUGCAUAUACCGCCAUCACCUGUGAAGUCAGGAAUCACCACACCGGCACCUGACAGCAACGAGACGAUCCUGCCAGCUGCCACACCAUCGAAUGGAGGCCUCAAGCGCACUCCGUCUGGCUCUGCCACGCCACAAAGACCAACAACGAAGACCAAAGCGGCUCUGACAAAGGAGCCCUCAAGCAAAGGUCAAAGUAGCUUGAUGGGCUUCUUUAAACCAAAGACAGCUCCGAAACCAGAAAUGCCCCAAUCGGUACCGAAUUCAGAGGAGAGCACUGCCAGCCCGCCUCCCCCGAGCUCAGGCAUCUCGGAGUAUGAUGAGAAACAAGCAUCGCCGAAUAAAGGAGACCUUCAGGUUCCACCAAGUCCAGAGAAGGUCAUUGACCAGGUCCAGUCUCGCGAGACAUGGUCCAAGCUGCUCGGCAAACGGGUGGUGCCGAAAUGCGAGCACGGCGAGGACUGCAUCAGCUUGGUCACCAAAAAGGCGGGGUUCAACAAAGGCCGGUCGUUCUACAUAUGUCCGCGACCCCUAGGUCCGUCGGGGGAGAAGGAAAAGGGCACCGAGUGGCGAUGCGGGACCUUUAUAUGGAGCAGCGACUGGACGAGUAAAAGCCAGUGACAGGCACACGGCUCUGAGGACUGCAUGUGUGCAUGACUCGGUCACGCGGUGUGUUGACGCAUAGUGUCAGUCUUUGGAUUGACGACACAAUGCCCAAACGACGCAUUGUAGGAGUGUCUUUAGCGUACGCAUCAUUCUUUUGCAGGUGUAUCAUCCAUCUGAUCAACUAUGGACGCAUAACAUGUGUAAACCCCUGGAGACAUGAAGUUGUGACAGGAUUCGUGUGUCAAAAAAGCAUUUUGUCUAUCCAGUAAUCGGCCAUACUUUUCCUCGGCCCCAAAUUCCAGGU